GAUUAAUUUAGAGCGUUUACUCUGUAUACGUGUCGUAAAUACAGUUGUUGGAAAGUGAUUGUGAUAGUCGCAUAACACGAGUCGUGGCUCAUAUCGCCUGGAGCGCUGACGGAACGUGUGCCGGCGCGGCAGAUAGAGGAACGAUAUCUUUAACCUAAAUUAUUUUAAAUCCUUCCUAUUGUCGUUAUUAUAUUUUCCUUAUUGUGCUGUGACAAUUUGUCAAGUUAUUAUUAUUAAGUAAACAUAGUUUUGAGGACAAUAACCUAUAAAUCGGUAAGCGCUCAGUCGCCCACAUUAAAUUGCCAUGUGAUUUGUUGCAAACAGAAUAAUAUGGAUUUGCCAAAAAUUAUUGAUAAAAGUGGCGCAUUACAAUGGUUCCUUGUCGCCAGUUGUUUAUGUGGUCAGUCCCAUCUAUAGCAGUGCUGUUUGGGAUUUUCUGGUUACGAAAAAAGAGGGAAUUUGCCAAAUCUGACCCAGGUGGAAGGGCAAGGAUAAAGAGUUUGCAGGAGGAACUAGCAGAAGCCUUGAAAGCUGAAAUUGAAGCUCAGAAAGCAUCUCCACUGGGUAGAGCAGAACGUUCCAUUAUUAAAUCUGCACCAAUUGACAUUUUACCUCAAGGCAGCAGCUCUCAGAGAUCCUCACCACUAGAGCUUACUGAUGAAGAGAUCGACAUGGAAAUUGAAAAGAUAAUAAAAAAGAAGUCUUUAGAAAGAGAAAAGAAAUCUUCAUUUGUUGGCAGCCAAACUUUGUCAGUUAGCACUAAACAGGCCUCAUUUGUAGUAAAGGAUUCACCACCAAAACAGAUAUCUAUGCUUCAAUCCGAGAUGGCGUGUAUUAAAAAUGAUCUUGGUAAUUUGUCACUGAAAUCUUCCAAUGGCACAGCUGUGGAAGACUGUAAUGGAAUGUCUGAAUCAAUAGAAACAUCUCAGACAUCUAGUGUGAAGCAGGAAUCAGCUUUAGAAGUGAAGACAGUUGUGGAGUGUACAAAAGCUGAUACAGAAAAUACACACACUAAUAAUUUAGAUAAUCAAUCUAGUGAUAGUAGUGACAGUGGUAAUAAUAGGUUCUCAACAGCACCAGCCAGACGCAUUUCUGAAAGAGAUUCUGCGAACCAUAGUCCUGUUGAUCCAAUGUUGGCUAGUCCUUCAAUGUGUCACUUCUCUGAUAACCAUAGUGAGGGCUCAAGUGACAGUGGAAAAGGUUGCUCAGAGGCGGCUAGCCCUCCACCUGCUGGCAUGAACAUUGUGCCCACGGAGGCCGGGCUUAGAAUACAUCAAUUUGUAAUUUCACAGACCCUGGUUGGUCUUUUAAUAGGAAAACAGGGUUCUUUUGUAACCCAAAUUAAAGCUAAAACUGGUGCAAGCGUGUACGUCAGGAGGCAUCCGGAUUCUGUGAAACAAAAGAUUUGUGCAGUUGAAGGAACACAAAGUGAAAUAGAAGCAGCACUAGAAAUGAUCAAGGAGAAAUUCCCUGAAAAAAGGUUUCCAAACUUUUCCCUACAAGAAAUUAGUGCAGAAUUGUAUCAAAGACUUGUACCACUUGUACCAGAGUUCCUUCAAUUGCAGCUAGUGGAGUCCGUCAACAACGACACGAUCAUGACGUGCCUUGUGAGCGCGGGGCACUUCUUCCUGCAACAGCCGCUGCACCCCACCUUCCCCUCGCUGCACGCGCUGCACCGCCUCAUGGCUGCCACCUACCAGAAUCCGGAUGUGCCCGCGUUGCCACGCCCCGUGAAAGAGGGCUCCAUCUGCGCGGCGCCCACAGAGAACAACUGGUACCGCGCUCAAGUGAUCUCAACGUCAGAAGAGCAGGACACCUCUAUAGUGAAGCUGGUGGACUUCGGCGGCUACCUCACCGUGGACAACGACCAGCUCAAGCAGAUCCGCUCCGACUUCAUGACCCUGCCCUUCCAGGCCACCGAGGCUCUUCUGGCGUUCGUCAAGCCAGCCAAUAACGAGCCGGAGUGGAGCAGCGAGGCGCUCCGCAUCAUGGCGGGGCUGACGGCCGGCCAGCUGCUGCACGCGCAGGUCGCGGGCUACGACGAGGCCGGCCUCCCCUUAGUGCACCUCUACCUCACCCUCCAUCCACAGCAAGUGAUAUUCCUGAAUAGGGAGCUGGUGGACCGCGGGCUGGCGGAGUGGGAGGUGCCUGCCGACUCGUGAGCGCCCGCGGCGUGAUGCUGACUAGUAAUAUGGGAUUGCAUUUCAAUUGACGUGUUAUCGCGUGCCCGGACCGCUCCGGGCACCGCCUAAUGUAGUUAAGCAAACGCGGUCUCGCAAUUUUAUUUGCGUACUUUUUAGUGUAUGACUUGGCACUUGGAGCUCUUUAAUAAACAUCGUUUUAUUUCAAUACCCUUUGCUUGUAUCUAGAACACGAAAACUUAUCUCUAAUUUUAGCUUAUUUGUGUAUGAGUAGUAAAUUAUAAUGACGAUGAGAACGUAGCGUAGUGACCGUCUGAUGACGGUAUAUUAAUAUAAUGACGCUCUAAAUCGCUUCUAACUUACUAUUGAUGCAGUGAUACGUCUAAGCUCCCACAAGCGGUAAACUAGAUUACAAUACGCUUUUAAAUAAACUGUAGUCCUAGUAACUGCAACUGAAUCAUGUCUGUUAUUUUUAAGUUCAUUUUUUAUGUCAGAUACUCACGUUUACACGACGGAAAUGACGUGGUGAGAUUUUAAAUAAGAGUUUCAGGAUGCUCAUUAUAUUACUAACAACACUGCAGACUGCAUUUUUUUCUUUAAAUUUUCUCAGCAUUAUAUGCAGUGGCUUUAUUAGCAAUAACCGUUAACUCGAAUUCAUCGAAUUCUUUCGCAUUUUCACUGUUUCAUUAGUGCCAAAAUUUUCAGUUGAUGUUGUGUCGUAAAUGUGUACAAAUAUAAACGCUUCAUGUGUAUACAUGAAUAUUUUUUAUAUCAUGAGGCUGUAUAGCCUUGUAAGGAUGUGCCUUUGAAAUGGAAUUAUUCUGUUACACUUCCAGCAUACACCGAUGUAUGUAAAAUAUUAUUUGUCACAAAGACAAAUAUGCUUAAUAACAUUUAUUUAAUUUGGCGAGACUAGCCGCGGCACUGGGGCAGCGCCCAUUCUACAGUGCCAGAAUGAGGAAUGUACUGAUUUGUAUUUAUCUAUACCUCAAAAACUGUUUAGUUUCGCCAACAAAACUAAACAUACAUGUAAAAAUUGUUUGUGACAAAAAAGUAUUUUAUUUAUAUUUUUUAGAUUGUAAAUUAUCCCCAUUUCGGGGAUUUUUUUCUUUUGUAACAAAUGACUGAGAAUAAAUGUAAAUUAAAUUAUAUCUGUAUAAACUGCAAGUGCGUUAAACGUAGUGUGAAUGAAGCAGGUGAUAUUGUAUCGGUAUGAACUUGUCAACAUUAUUCUUGUUUUUUAUUGAGAAAGAUGGCUAGAAAUUUUGAAAUACUAAUAACGUAAUAACUUACUCAAGAUUCUGCAACAAGUGUCCUCGGCUUAUGAUUGUUUUUUUACUAUUAACCAAUCACUUUAAGAGGCACUAGUGCAAUUUAUCUAGCUAUUUUAAUCAAUGAUCCUUCCGCUUUCACAAAAAGUACAAUCAGUUUGCUUUCUUCCAGAUAUCGAAUAACAGAAUAUGAUAACAGCAUUAUCAUAAUAAGAGAUGGUAAAUUGUUGAGUUUGUAUUAUAAUUGACGUAUAAUGAGCACGUUGGUUAUCCUGACUUUCAAUAGUCUAAUAGUGUACAUAAUAGAACCUUUUAAGUAGAUUUAAAGAUAUUUCAUAUUUGUAGUAUUUUUAAUAUGUUGAAAAAUUAAGUGGUUGUCUUUAGUGUAUUUGAUUUUUGUAUGCGUAUUGUGUAGAACUUGGCAUUUGGGAUGCUUAGAAUGUGACUUUCGUUCGUAGUUAAUUUCAGAUUGCAGCGCGGAUUAGGAUUAAUUACUUCAUCGAGUAACAGCCAGUGGUCAUUGUAUUGUAUUUAAUUUACGUGUCGUAGUUGUUAACGACGAUAAAACAUUUAUUAGCGUAAUGACUAGAUUACACUCGGCUCGGUUUGCAUAUUGUUGACGUCCCUAUUGUAUAUAAACUAAUAUAUUUGCGGUUAAAUCAAUAAAUUAUCGUUUUGAAAACCA